AUGGCGCUGCCCCGCAGUGAGGUGGGCCCGGGCCCUCCGCAGUUGCCCAGCGCUCCCCAGAAGUGCCUGUGGGCCCGGGGGGUGGCGAGCUGUGGGGUGGGCUCAGAAACGGGCGGUUCCCUGAAGCUGCGGCACGUCUGGAGCCUGCAUAAGAUGCGGUGGACCCCCACAGCCGCCGACAUCUGCUUCACCAGGGAGCUGCACUCGCGAUUCUUCAGCCUGGGCCGCUGCGUCCCUGUCUGCCGGGGGGAUGGUGUGUACCAGCGAGGGAUGGAUUUCAUCCUGGAGAAACUAAACCAGGGGGACUGGGUGCACGUCUUCCCUGAGGGCAAAGUGAACAUGGGGCAGGAGUUCGUACGCUUCAAGUGGGGCAUUGGGCGUCUUCUGGCUGAGUGCCGCCUUGACCCAGUCAUCCUGCCCCUGUGGCAUGGGGGUGGGGCCAUGGGAGGGAGUCAAGAGGGCGCGGGGAGCGGGGUCCCGCUGCGGAGCGGGGUCCCGCUGUCGGGCAGGGUCCUGCUGUGGGGCCUGUCCUGCUGCUAG